AUGGAAUUUCUCCAGAUACCAUUAAAAACAUAUUCAAAAAACUUUUUUUUAUUUAAUUUAACUAACUAAAGGGAAAUAAAACAACUACCCAAUACUAUUAAAAUGUAUAAAAAACCAUUAAAUAGCCAAACUGACAGUAAUCAGAAAAUAUUCUGGAUUAAAUAACUCAGUUUAUUUUUAAUAAAUAUUCUUUUGUUUGAUUUCUUAACCGAAUUUUUAUAUUCUCCAUUAGUCUAGUUAUUUUUUUUCGUCUUCUGUUAUUAUCUCCCCUCCAUCCCCUUUAUUUAUAAUAAUCAUUUAAUUCAUUAUUUCUACAGCUUCGUCAAUUCUAUUUUAAGAAACUAAAUACCGAGGAGACUCUAAAACAUUAUUAUAUGUUCCAUAAAAUAAUACAAAUGCAGGAAUACUACUCAAAGAUAGCAAAAGUCGCCAAUUACCAUGCUACAUAUCCUAUAGAACUAAUAUACACAUUAAAAUUCCCCAAAAUUAACCUAAAGCAAUACAAAAAUUAAUAAUAAUAGUUCCUUUUCCUCUAUAUUUUAAAGGAGAAAUUUCCGUGAAUAAAGUUGUGGAGAGCGGAAGUGUAAUCCCAUAAACAAAACCAUAUAAAAAUCUUAAAAUAAAAAGCUAAUAUAAAUUAUAUGCAAAUAAAAAAAUAAUAGCUGUAAUUCCAUAAAUUAAUGA